AUGUCUCACACUGCCAGCGAGAAAGGCACCCCUCCCUCUGAGCUGGCAACUGAUAAGGCGUCUGAUCGCCAGAUCGAGGAUGCCGUUGCCGACCUGAACUUCGAUAACAAGACCGCCGAGCGCAGCGGUACGGUGGGCGUCACAUCCGAAGACACCUACAACCCCCUGCGCCGCCUCGAUAAGCCAGCGCUACUCGCCGAUGUCGACAACUUCGUCGACAAGUUUGGUCUCACUGAGCACCGCGACGUGUUUCGCCGCGGUGCGCUGGUCGCCCAGCGUCCGAAGGAAUAUGCCGACAUCCCCGAGCUCUCGGACGCGGAUAAGGCCGACCUCGCCUUCGAAGAGAACCACAUGUGGAAGAAUCUCUCGCCUCGCCUCAUCUUCUGCGGGCUGGGAUCAAACGGGAAGGUAGGCCGUAUGCUGCGCAUAGGUAUCGCCAAGCUAAUAGUCAGCAACGGAGCCAACCUUUCCUUCCCCGCCGAGUUCGGUAUCGGCCGCACAGUUGGCGAACCUGGCGGCGAGCGCGAUGAGUGGCUCGUUGGUCUGGUCAACAGCUCCGUCUACAUUUCCUCUGCUCUCGUCGGAUGCUGGAUCUCCGACCCUCUCAACGAAUGGCUGGGUCGCUGCGGUGAGAUCUUCGUCACUGGUCUCAUCCUCAUUGCCACCCCGAUUGCGUCUGGCUUCACCCAGUCAUGGCAGGCAUUGAUGGCUGUCCGUUUCGUCAUGGGUAUCGGUGUCGGAGCCAAGGCUGCCACCGUUCCCAUGUACUGUGCAGAGCUCAGCCCGGCCCGCCUCCGUGGGGCUCUGACGAUGGGCUGGCAGCUGUGGACAGCCUUUGGCAUCUUCCUCGGAUUCUGUGCGAACGCCGCCGUCAAGGACACGGGCAUGAUCGCGUGGCGGCUGCAGCUCGGCUCUGCCAUGAUCCCGGCUGUUCCGCUCACGCUCGGCGUGCUGUUCUGCCCCGAGUCGCCGCGCUGGUACAUGAAGAAAGGACAAAUGGUCAAGGCGUGGCAAUCGAUGCUCAAGCUCCGCCGCAGCGACCUCCAGGCCGCUCGCGACCUGUUCUACGCCUACUCCCAGUACGCCGAGGAGCAGAAGGUCGUCCAGGGCCGCACCUACGUCUCGCGCCUUACUGAGCUCUUCACGAUCCCCCGUUGCCGCCGCGCCACUCUCGCCGGCUCUGUUGUCAUGAUCGCCCAGCAGAUGUGUGGCAUCAACAUCAUGGCCUUUUACUCGUCCACCAUCUUCAAAGAGGGCGGCUACACGGACACGCAGUCACUCUACGCUUCGAUCGGUUUCGGCGCACUCAACCUUGUCUUCGCGCUCCCCUCGCUCUACUUCAUCGACUCGUACGGCCGCCGCUCGCUCCUCCUCGCGACCUUCCCCAACAUGGCCUGGACGCUGCUCGUCGGCGGUCUCUGCUUCCUGAUCGAGCCUUACGACCCGGACAGCGAGAUCCGCACCGGGAUCGUCGCCUGCUUCGUAUACCUGUUCACGAUUGCGUACUCGCUCGGCGAGGGCCCCGUGCCGUUCAUGUACUGCGCGGAGAUCUUCCCCCUCGCGCAGCGCGAGCAGGGCAUGGCGUGGUGUGUCGCGUUCAACUUCUUCUGGGGCUCGGUGCUGUCGCUCACGUUCCCCCGCCUCUUGCGCGAGUUCACGCCCCUCGGCGCGUUCCUCUUCUACGCGGGGCUUAACGUGGUUGCGUUCAUCUUGAUCUUCUUCUUGGUGCCCGAGACGAAGCGCCUCACGCUCGAAGAGAUAGAUGCCGUCUUCGCCAUCCCCACCCGUAAGUUUGCGGCUCACCAGCUCAAGAAGACCCUGCCCUACCUCUUCAAGCGCUACAUCUGUGGCGACAAGAGCGCCGUCUGCCCGCCUAUCGUGCACUUAGCCGAACCCCCGAACGGCGGUGAGGUGUAG